GUAGUAAUUCCAUGACAAGCAGAUACAGAGUUGAGUAUUCAUUAAAGAGCCAUCGAAGAGAUGAGUUCAUUGAGUGGAUUAAGGCCCUCUUAGCGGUGCCGUUCGUGUUACACUCAGACGUUGAGAACUUUUUCCACGGCAGCUCGUUCGGAGAUGUCCAAGAUUAUGAGGAGUUUAUGAAAUCCAAAGAGUUUGAGAUUUCGAAGGAAUGCCAGAAACGGUACUACGAGGUGUUUGAAGACGUGGAGCUGUUGAUAACCAAUACAAUCGAGCUUGGCAAUCGGUCUCAAGCCAAUGGACCCGUACCCCGUCUACGUAAAUUGGUUCCUUCAGUAGGUACUUUCUUCACACCCCUUCCCUUACCUCGAGCGUUUUUGGCUGAAGACAGAAGAAGAGGUAUAAGUAGGAGACGAUUUGUCAGCCCCAGUUUCAAUGAUAUCAGGAACGUGUUGAACACGGCACAGAUAAUGGCAUUGGCCGAUAUCUAUAAAGACGAUACCAUCAAACAUUUGAAGUUGAUCACUUUUGAUGGGGAUGUUACUUUAUACGAUGAUGGGAAGUCGUUGAUGAAAGAUGACCCGGUGGUGGCUCGGCUCAUCGAACUACUUCAUGCGGGCUUCUUCAUUGGCGUGGUGACGGCUGCUGGAUAUCCUGGACAACAGGGAUCAAGUCAGUACUAUUCGAGACUCAAAGGGUUGGUAGAUGCCAUGAACGAAUCCACCUUGUCGAUUCAGCAGCGUCAGAACCUCUUGGUAAUGGGAGGAGAAUCCAACUACUUGUUUCGAUACUCCCAUGAGCUUCAAACCUUCAGGUUUAUCGAUGGUGAAGACUGGUUCUUACCAUUGAUGCUUAACUGGAACAAAGACCAUAUUGAGUACAUGAUGGAGAAUAUCCAUCGACACAUGAUCAACAUCCGGAAAAAGUUUAGUUUGGAUGACGAGUCCAAGACCUCGAUUGUUCGAAAGGAACGUUCCAUUGGUAUUAUUCCCGUCAAUGGGUUCAAAAUUUUGAGAGAGCAUUUGGAAGAAAUCUCUCUUUCGUGCUCUGGAAAGUUAACAGAGCUUUUACUCGAGUUGGCCUCAGACAUAAAGGUGUGUGCUUUUAAUGGGGGUUCUGAUGUCUGGGUAGAUAUUGGAGAUAAAGCAUUGGGAGUGGAAUCUCUUCAAAGCUAUCUCUGUAGAGAUGAGUGGUUGGAUGUGUGUCCUAUUUUGAAGAGUGAGACUUUGCAUGUGGGGGACCAGUUUGCCAGUUUAGGGGCCAAUGACUUCAAGGCUCGGUUGAGUGCUUGUACAGCUUGGAUAGCCAGUCCGCAAGAGACGGUGGAUAUUUUGGAUGACUUGCUCGCGUAUUUAAAGAGUUAGCAGUGUUAGUGAAGUGGGUCAUACAGAGAUGCUGGAAUUAGAGUAGUUGGUGAAGUACGUCAUACAGACACCUUUGGUGGUGAUAAUUUAGUAAUUAUUGUAUAUUUAAUACCUAAUACUCUCUCAAGAUCUGGUUCAACUCAUCUCUCUGCAAACAGUUUUCCAAUUUGAAAGAAGCUGCCAAUUCGUCUAACUCGUCGAAAUCCAACCCCACAAACAAUUCGGCAAACUCGUGUUGAGCAUACUGAGAAAACAACAUAUCCUUGCUGACCCGGUAAAGGUAGUCAUUGAUGGUCCACUGAUGAGGGUAAAUAGCCUUGUGGUGUUUUUCAGGAAUAUUCUUCUUCAUGUGUGCUUCUAAAUCCGCAUACAAUUUGGCAAACUCGGGGUCAAUAUUAUUUCCCCAUCUGUCCAAACCCAACUUCUUCUUCUUCAAGAAGAACUCUCCAAACAAUUGAUACCACUUGGACUUGGGAGAAACGUAUGUAAGGCCCUGAUAGCCAAUAUCCUUAUAAACCCAAAUGGACCAGCUGAUAGGAGACCCAUCCCCAGAGGGAUCUCCCGUCUUGUAGACAGCCAAUUGAUCCUUCAAAACAUUGUAUCUCGCCUUGUUAAUGGUGUGAGGGUCUUUAUCCCCUCUGACUUCACUGGCGUAGACGGGACCAAAUUCUCCAUUCCACACAGGGACAUUCCGAGACUUCAUGAACUCAAUCUUACGCUCAUAUUGCAGCUUGAUCUUAGUCUUUUGCUCACUUGUACCUUGAUACUCGGUUCCUUCCAAGUUGGGGAAUCCGAACGUAGUGUAGUCGUGAAUGGCGUAAACAGCAUUUUUCAAGGGCUCAUCGGGGAAUUGUCUAAAGUCCAUCGCAUAGGUAUUUCCAUCCAAGAACAAAAGGUGGUUAGGGUCGACAGCCCUGAUGGCUUUGUCAACUCUUUCGUAAAAUUUGAUCAACUUGGAGUGGUCCGACACCGCGGGCUCGUUCAAGGGGUUGUAACCUGCCACCCAUUUGUUGUCCUUAUAGUAUUCUGCGAUUUUUCCCCACAAAUUGACCAUCGCGUCUUGGAACACCUUGAAUUCCCAGAACAUGGCAAAGUGAAUUUUGGAGUCUGCGUGCCAAUCCUGGUUCUGUCCACCUGGGGUGGCAUGUAAAUCCAAAAUGGUAUAGAUUCCGUGUUUGGCACAGGUGUCGACGAUCUUGUCCAUUCUUUCAAACCCUUUUUGCUUCACUUCAAACAAGUCACCUUCAUCAUCUAAGAAAUGCCGAUAGUUAAAAGGAAUUCUCAAGCAAUUGAAGCCCAAGUUUUUGAAGAGAAUGGCAUCCGACUCGGUCCAGAAGUAGUCGUAGAAUUUGUCGAAGAAAAAGUCAAACUUUUCCUGGCCAAUCUUACUUUUGAUGACUUGUUUAUGUUCCGUCUCAUGACCAGGAUAUCCGGUAAUAAAAUUCUCCAUGUUCAUAUGACCUCCGGUGGCUGAUCCUUUGAGGACAACCGGGUGGUCGUUCUCAUCGACGAUUUUAGUGCCUUUAACUUUUAAGAAUCCUGCCAUUUGUGUUUUGCAGCU